CUGGGUCUCCUCUGGUUGUCUUUCUAGUCUGGUCGAGCGUCGAAGCCGAAAGUAGAGCAUCGACGGUUCUGUCUGAACCGAGAAUUCACGGCAGUCAUGGCGGCGCCGUUAGCCCAUUUCGAUGAGGACUGGCAGGACUUUAACGAAUUCAAGCCGUCCUCGGACUCGGUCGACCCGCUGGACAAGCUGAACUCAAACGUGGGCGAUUCGUCGGGCCUAGACGAUUUCUCGGAUCUGGACAACAGUUUCUCUGGGGAGAUCUGCAGCUUCAAGUCGAUGGAGGACCUUGUCCACGACUUCGACGAGAAGCUGACAGUGUGUUUCCGAAACUACAACACUACGACGGAAAACAUAGCUCCCAUUAAACCUAUCACAGAGGAUAAUUACUUGAAAGACGACGAGGUUUGGAACGCUCUGACAGAUAACUAUGGCAAUGUGAUGCCGGUGGACUGGAAGACAUCUCACACUCGCUCCUUACACCUGCCGACCCUCAACCUCACUGAACACGAGAAGUUGGAUAACCAGUCAUUAGAUCUGUCAGACGACGAGGAGCUGAGGGAACAGAUGGACAUGCACUCGAUCAUCGUCUCCUGCAUCAACGACGAGCCACUUUUCACCGCUGAGCAGGUGAUUGAGGAGAUAGAGGAGAUGAUGCAGGAGUCUCCAGACCCCGAGGACGAUGAGAGUCCUUCACAGUCCGACCUGUCUAUGCUCUCUCAAGACCUUCACACCAUGAAACGCUCCGGCUCCAACACCAGCUACGAGGACCGGCUGCGUCAGAUGUCUGUGUCAGAGCUGACUGAGACUCUGGAGGAAGUGGAGGCGGCCAUUCGUCGCUACAGCGAGGAGCUGAUCCAGGCUCUGGCUCUGCGAGAUGAGCUGGACUACGAAAAGGAGGUGAAGAACAGCUUCAUCUCGCUGCUCAUUGACGUGCAGAACAGACAGAAGGAGCACCGCGAGCUGCUGCGAAAGAAGAAGAAAAUCCGAAGCACAACUACGACGGGGCCCAACGGCCAGAGGACGGUCAGCACGCACAUACCUGGCACGCUCCUCACUCUGGAGGGACUCUCCAAUGUCAUUCAAAAUGGCCUCCGUCAAACUUUUGGCAACACAGGAGGGGACAAACAGUACCUGACCACGGUGAUCCCUUAUGAGAAGAAAACGGGCCCCCCGUCUGUAGAAGAUCUCCAGAUCCUCACAAAGAUCCUCCAUGCCAUGAGGGAUGACAGUGAGAAGGUACCUGCGCUUCUAACAGAUUACAUUCUCAAAGCUCUGGUAUGAGAGCAGUGGAAACUGAGUUCUCUGCCCCACGUAAAGUCAAAGGCGAGACGCCCGUUUCCAGAACCUUCCACUGGGCCAUCAGAAGAGGGUUCUGGUACCCACACAGUGGCCCCAGUUUCCUAUCAUAGACUUUCUUUCCUUGUGGUACUUUUUUCUUUUUUUUUUAAACUCUGGUGUCCCUUAGAUUUUAACUCUCCUUGACUUGUAUAUUUCAUUGUAACCUUUUAACUUUUUAAUGCUUGAGUACUACAUCCCUGCAUAUUCUGACUGCAUGAUAACUUGUCUAUAGAUGCCAGUAAUCAGUAUUAGUCUGAACACCCCACUUCCUGAUUUGCCAGGGGGAUUUCUGACAAGGUGUAGCCUGUGGGCACCGUCAUCAGGCCUGUGUGAGGGGGAAAUGCAGUCCAAUCUGGUUUUUUUUGUAAAUUCGUGUUUCUGUGUAGUUCAUGCCUGACAGGAAAAACAAAUCUGGGCAGAAUCUGUGAAUCUCAAAGUGCCAGGCAAGUCAUGUGAUAAGGUCCUGUUUGUUUGUUUGUUUGUUUGUUUUUGUUUUGUUCCUGUAAGGAAUCCAUUGCAUUAAUGGCAUCUGUUGAUGGUUGCACAUGACGUCUUAAGGUUGAAAACUGCUUGCUGAGGAUCAAGGAGCAAACCCUUUAAUUUAAAAAUGCAAACCUGUAAGUGCUUAUGUUGUUGCAUGUUGGUUUGGGGUUCAUGCUCGAUAUUAGCUGUUAACUGAAUGUUAAGAGGAAAUAUUUUGUAUAUGAUUAGAGAAAUUGCACAGCUUGGGGAACUUUUUUUUUUUUUUAAAGGACGAAAAAGUGGAAAGUCGUAGCUGGAUGAUCAAACAUGUAAAGCAUAUUUUUGGAUAAGGGGAUGUUUUUUAGUGAGAUUAAGGACUUUGUAAUAAUUUUGUAAAUGCUGUCUAUUGACCUCUGAGCCCUCGAGUGGUGACCCACCCCCCCCAUCCCCAACAAUGGCAUCACUUCCCCCAUUUCAUGAGUCAGCAGAUACAUCGUGUGUUAACGUUAAGCAUUAGUGCAAACCAGUCUGUCUGAUUGUGUGUUAGCUAGAUGUUGUAGUUCACAUUAAGUCAGAUUUGGUAAUUGUGUCGUUACGCGUCUAUAAGUAGUUGUAGGUUUUUAUCUGUAUCUUACAUCUUUAGCAGUUAAAUUUUAGUGCUAGCACUUUUACUCUGUCAGUGAGCCGAUCAUGUGGUGAUGCACCGCAGAGUAGGCCUCAGUAGAUUAGUGCAAGGCGAAGCUUAGAAAACAGCUGAGGUGAACAAAGCUGUUAACAGGAGGUGUUAUCAUGCAGUUAUGUAUUGAUUUCCCACGUUAGUCACUGUGAGUGUGAAAAUUGAAACCACCUUUAACGGGCACUCCACUGAGUUUACAUUGCCAUCAGUUUGUGCAUCAUGAAUCAACCAGCAAAACUGUUGCGUGAUGUGUUAUCAGCAGCUCUGGAGAAGCUUUAACACAAUGUCAUCAAGGGUAUCUCGUCCCGGGCUUGGGAAAAUCUGCAGGUGGGGGCGGGGGCGGCGGCGGGGGGUCGAAGCUAUACUAGGACUAAAAGUCGGGGCAUCUCUUGCAAGUCUUUACAGAAGUGCACUACGUAAUCGCAGGAGUGCCCCUCUAAAACCAACCAUUUCUCCAGCAAGUUGGCACGCUAACGUUCGAAACACCAGCUGCUACGGGUGCACCCACGCACUGUCAGAUCAGGUGUAGCCUAGCUCUCAGGUACGAUCAUCGGUGUUAGUAGUUUAAAAUCUUCUUCCGAAAGUUACUGACAUUCCUGAGUGGUUUUUAGCAGCUAGACUUUCAGCUUGGCUGGACUUCUGUCUUUCAGACAUGUUCUCAUGUUUAUAGUAGCCACUUGACUAAAUAUGCUCAGAAUCAUAUAGUACGCUCUGUAGUCAUAGCAGUAGGUGUAGCGCAGUAAAGACAUCCGUAGAGGCUGCAGUAGCAUCUGCUUUUUGUAGGGGGUCUUCUGACGAUAGCAUAGCUGUGGUUAACGUCUGGUGAGGAGAUGCUCUUGAGAAAGGACUUUACUAUUACUGGGUAAGAAUCGAAAGCCUCGCUCUCGAAACGGGGAGUGAUGAAGAUGAUGAAUGUUGGGGAAGAUUGCACAAACGGUUGCUUAAACAUAAGGGGUCCAUUUAUUUUUUAAAGGAAGUCAAACGCUUGUAGUAGCGCUUUUAGUGCUGUAUUAUACUAUUUACAUGUAACUUGUUUCUAAUUUAGCCAGCUACAAAACCAUUUGCAACCUAGCAUGUGCUGCAUGCACUUUACUGUUGCAAACACAUUUCUUAUGAUUAAGAAUUUUUUAGGAGCGUAUGGAUAUUAGACUAAAGGGACAAGCAAGAAAAUGCAGACAAAACCUGUGAAGAGUUUAACUAUUAGAAAUCAGAAAUAUCAGAGGGAGUAAAAUACUUAAAACAUCCAUCGAUUUUAUCAUAAUCUGAUUAAAUUAAACUAGUUUGUAAUGGUAUUUGUGUAAAUAAAACACUGAUUUAUAAUGAAAUGGCAGUCAGCACAGGGGUCACUAAAGGAUCUCGUCUCAGGCCAGAGCCCCUCAUCUGGCUUUCUUAGCAGACAUAUCAGUUUAACUACAAUUUAGAGAUUUAUAUUUAUACAUGUACAAGAAGCAAUGAAAUAAGAGGCUGCCUUUGUAAAUUCCUGAAAAUCUUUGUACAUUUAACAAACUCCUCUUUUACUUUUAAUGCAAUAUAACUCCCCGGUUUGGGGUUUUAUGUUUACUGUCUCACGUGGUACUGCAAUAUAUUAAUUUAUUAUGUAAAUGUUUGUUUUGUAACCAUAUUAUUGACUGUAAUGGUACAAGUGUUUUGUGCCCACAUUGCAUUGAAACUCAUUUAAAAUAAAAACUAGAAUUACCUCUUCA